UCUUGAAAGAUUACAUUUGAAUGUUAUUUCUUUAGUUUCUUCGUGUGUUAUACAUACACAUAAAAUAUCAUUAUGAUUGAACGUAAAAGAAAAAAAUAUAUUUUUAUUGUUAAGUAAUUGAGUAAUAUCAGGUAAUAUUCAUCAUUUUUUAUUUCAAAUAGAUUAUUUGAAAAAUUUAUUUUCUUCAGUUCUCUCUUCUAACAAAUCCAUGAUGUAUAUUUCAUCUGUGUUGGUACACCUGAUUUUAAAUUGACAAUGACAAAAUUUCAAGCUGCAGUUCAGUCAUUAUGUAUUGACGUAUAUUAUUCGAAUUAGAUUUGAAUGCAAAUUGUCGUUUGGCUGUAUUGAAUUUCUCAGAAUGUUUAUUAAACGUGAUUAAAGUUCUUAAAGAUAAGAGAAGAUAGAAAUGUAUAACUUUUUUAAAUGCUUUAAAUAUCUUCUUUACGAAUGAUGAAUAACAGAAUUGCUUUGAUGCGAUCCAUUGAUUUAAAAUGUAUGGGCAAUGAAACUUGAACUAGAACUAUCCGCAACCUUUUGGUGAAGACUUUUAUGAAAGUGGUACAGUUUCCUAUAGUAGUUGAUGGCCAAGUCUCAUAAAUAGCAAUGGAUAUGUAAAACUGUUCAAACGGAGCAUGCAUUUCUGGAUUAACAAACCGGCGGGCAGGUAUUACGGUUUCACUGGCCGCCGAUACCCCGCCACACCUUUGCCAAAGACCCGCUUGAAUCAAUCUAGAUAUAAUGCAGAUUUGAGACAAAUGGUUACUCCACUUCACCGAUUUCAAAAUCUGAAUGCUAUGGGAAAUACAGCUGGUCCUAGUAAUAUGAAUACUUGUAGAAUGAUAAGAACAACGAUAAGACCAAACAAUGAAACACAACAUUUUCCAGUUGGCUCUACUCAACACCUCCAGUUAAACAACAUCUCCAAUAAUGUAACAACUGCUGGGAAUAAUCAAUUGAUAUUAUCAAAUACUACAUCAAAUGGAACAAAUAGGAGCUUUUUGGAUUUUUCGGAAUUUAAUGAUGCAGAACUUGCAAGUUACAGAUUACGGUGUGGUGUUUCGAUAACGUUUGUGCUUGCAACAGGAUUUGUGGCUGCUGCAAAAUUUUAUUUCAGUGAUAGAGGUCAAGGUAUAGAAAUACUCGUAUUUUGGGGUCUAUUAACAUUAUUAUUAUUAUUUUCAUGCUUAUACUCUAUUUUAUGUUGUCGACAUCAUCACAAUAGUCAUGAAGAACAUCAAAUUCAAGAGGAGCGCAUUGCAUCUGUGACUGGUACAACUCCAAUACCUAAUGAAAAUAUUAGACCCAUUUCUGUAGUAAGACAGAAUCCACCACCACCCUAUCAUAUUGCUAUUUUGAUUCCCUCGAACAAUCUACCAGAAGAAGCUCCACCACCAUCUUAUGACAAAAUUAUGCGUUAGAUUAAUAUUAGUAAAUUAAUAUAAAGCUAUAUAAAAUACUAUCACUAUUUUUCAUAUACUACAUUUUCUAAACAUAAAACAUUGAUACACAAUAUUAUCAAAAGUGCAUCAUUAACUAUAAAUAUUUCAUUUCCGAGCUUUUGAUUUGUGCAAACAAAGAAAUGAGGAAAAUUUAAUGAAGAUAUUAACAAUUUUUCUAGGCUAGGAAAACUUUACAUCUGUGAUACAAAAUAGUAAUAUAACAUCAAUGUCGCCCAUGGUAACAUUUGCAACUUAAAGAAACAUAAGAGGCACUGUUAUAGGCAUUAUACACAAUAUCUAAUUGUGAGUCAGAAAGUACAACUGAUGUUCGCGAUACUUUAUGUUUAAUGCAGUACUAAUAUAUAUUUUCCUUUUUUAUACUCGAAUAAGUUUAUUUAAGCGAAAUACAAAUAUACAAAAUGAUUUGCUGUA